UGUUCAUCCAUUCUACGAUCUCGCAAUCAUGUCAUCUAUACAUAUAUGUAGAGAACCUGUCGUCCUCGUCCUUGUUCCAAGUUGAACGGCAGUACUGCUUGAGCUAUACAACUAUAUUUCGAUCGAGAUCGCACGUCAAUUGCAAUCAAUCACCCCGACCGCAAGGUGACUUUACCUUGACCUCGACCUCGACCUCUUCUUCCUCUUCGCCGGGACAUUCGGGCUCAACGGGACACCCCAUCCCCAUAUACAUAGGGCUCUCGAUCUCUCUCCAUAUCGUACAGCCGCCGCAUCGGAUACCUGGAUACUCCGAACUCUCACACACCCAGACGCUCGACGCUCGACGCUCGACCACAUCAUACAUCAUACAUCAUCUCAUCGCAAUGCCAACCUCAACCCCCUUCUGCAUCCCUAUCGACCACACGACCGACUACGAGCAAUGGCACGCCCUCUGGAAAGCUUACCUCGAGUUCUACAAUACGACACUGCCGGAGGAACAGUAUAGGGAUACGUUUAGCAGGCUGGUUAGGGAGGAUGGAGAUCUGGGCGGGUUCGUCCUGGUCCUCACAGACGCCAAAGACUCAAACGUCGAUGAAGACGGAGACGAAACCGAAGGAGACGACAAGGACAAGAACAAGGACAAGGACAAGCAAGUUCACAGGCCGACAAAGUACACCUACACCUAUAUCGGACUCGCACACUACCUCACGCAUACCUCCGCCUGGGCCCCAGCGUCCACUCGUCAUUGUUACUUGAACGACCUUUACGUCGACCCCACGGUUAGGGGUACGGGAGGGGGACGGAUGUUGAUCGAAGCUGUGCAAGAGGAAGCCAAGGCGAGAUUGGGGUGUUCCCGGGUCUAUUGGUUGACCGCUCCGGACAACGUGGCGGCGAGGAGGUUGUACGACAAGGUCGCUACGACGAAUCGGGUUGCGUAUAAGAUCGACCUCUAAUCUUGAGGGGGAAGACGGGGGAGGUGGUGGAGGUGGAGAAGGUGGUGGAGAAGAUGGUGGAGAAGGUGGUGGAGAAGGUGGUGGAGAAGGUGGUGGACUAGGUCGUCUUGUUCUCGCAGAG